AAGAAGAAAAAAACCGGGUUCAAAAUGUUUGCAAGGUGCGCGCUCCAGUGGUUGUCGCACGUUGGUGGCAUCAAGACUGAUGCGCUUUCCACCCUCUUGGUCUUUCUCAGUGUGUUGGCGGUUGUGCGGAUUUUUCAGUGGGUGAAGCAGGUACGAUCCCUGCCCCCAGGACCUUGGGGGGUGCCAAUUCUGGGAUACCUCCCCUUUCUCAAGGGAAAGGCGGUCCAUCUUCACUACGCCGAACUGGCCAAAAAGUACGGCUCCAUGUUUAGCGCCAAACUUGGAACUCAUCUCGUUGUCGUCCUCAGCGAUUAUCGUGCAAUAAGAGAGACUUUCCGACGAGAGGAGUUUACCGGCAGACCGCACACAGAGUUCAACAACAUCCUCGGUGGAUACGGAAUUAUAAAUACGGAAGGUGCCUUGUGGAAGGACCAAAGAAAAUUCCUCCAUGAAAAACUGCGAAGUAUGGGAAUGACAUAUUUAGGCGCAGGAAAGAAAAUCAUGGAGUCUAAAAUCAUGCAAGAGGUGGACUCUUUCAUCAGAGGGUUGACACUGAAAAGUGGCGCGCCCACAAACAUGUCCUACUCCCUGAGCAUGGCCAUCAGCAAUGUCAUCUGUUCGAUUACAAUGGGGGUUCGUUUUCACCAUGGAGACUCGAGAUACAAGAAAUUCAUGUCUCUCACUGAAGAAGGCUUCAGGCUUUUCGGAAGUAUUGUCUACGUCAAUUUUCUCCCCAUGCUGAAAUAUCUACCCGGCUUAAAGUACAUCAUGAGCAAACUCGACCAAAAUCGUGGAGAAAUGGCCAACUUUUUCCAAGACAAUGUCGAGCAACACCGAAAAACCUUCGACGCUGGGAAUAUCAGAGAUCUUGUCGACGCCUAUCUUUUGGAGAUUGAGAAAGCAAAGGCUGAAGGACGCGAACUCUUCCAAGGCAAAAAUCAAGAUCGCCAGUUGCAACAGAUCUUGGGAGAUCUCUUUACAGCUGGGAUGGAGACGGUCAAGACAACUUUGGAGUGGGCUGUGGUUCUGAUGUUGCACCACCCAGAGGCAGCACUCGCAGUGCAGGAGGAGCUGGACCAGGUCGUUGGAAGGUCGAGGAUGCCAACCCUUGAAGACCUGCCCUAUCUUCCACUAACAGAAGCCACAAUCCUCGAAAUUUUGAGGAGGUCCAGCAUCGUCCCCAUGGGAACAACACACGCUGCCACUCGAGACGUGACCUUGAACGGCUUCACGAUACCAACGGGUGCGCACGUGGUUCCGCUUCUCCAUGCGGUGCACAUGGAUCCGGAGUUGUGGCAAGAGCCAGCCAAUUUCCGACCAGAGCGUUUCCUGUCUGCAGAAGGAAAAGUGUGUAAACCGGAGUAUUUCAUGCCCUUCGGAGUUGGAAGGCGUAUGUGCUUGGGAGAUGUCUUGGCAAGAAUGGAGCUGUUCCUCUUCUUCAGCUCUCUCCUUCACACCUUCGAUAUUCGGCUACCCGAAGGCGCCUCGUUACCAAGUCUGAGGGGAAAUGUGGGCAUUACUGUCACGCCGGAUCCCUUUGAAGUUUGUCUGCUGAAGAGGACUCUUGACGAAGACUGCGCGGCGGGUUUGGCUGCGGAUGGCACAACGAUUGGGCCACUCAGAAACGUGGGUAGUCAUUGACGAGAGACCAUUGCUUUAGUCAAGAGCACGGUUGUCGUUCCUAUCGUUUUUUUUUUUUUCAAGAGGAGGACAGGA